AGCAGCUGAAGACGGCGGCGCUAGUGGGUCGAGCUUCGUGUCGAUUCGUCCUCUUCUUCGGUUUAAUCAUCCAACGACGCGUUGUUUGACCGAGAGAAAGGCCGAAGCGGCGCUGUCUCCGUGUAAAUGGCGUCUAACGAUUAUUCCCAAACAUCUAGCCAGGGCUAUCCAUCCUAUGGUGGAGGUGGCGGUGCUAGCCAGGGCUACGGUCAGUCGUCUGGCCCGGGUUACGGCCAGCAGGGCUACGGAGGCUACAACCAGAGCUCGGACAGCAGCUCCAGCUCCUACAGUCAGGGAGGCUAUAGCGGCUACGGCCAUCCUCAGUCAGGUGGAUACGGGUCUCCAUCCUCCAACCAGGGUGGUGGUGGUGGUGGUGGGUAUGGUCACUCAAGUCAGUCCUACAGCUCCGGUGGCUAUAACAGCAGCAACCAGCCGUCCAGCAUGAGCUACAGCCAGCAGUCGUCAUUCUCCGGGUACAGCCAGCAGCAGCAGCCUCCUCCUCCAUCCUCUGCGAGCUAUGAAGGCAACUCGCCAGCUCCCGCCUACCAGCCACCGAGCAGCGGAGCGAGCGGAGGCAGUUACGGCAGCAGUGGAGGGCAGCCUGGUGGUAACUACGGGGGCAGCGGAAGCCACCCACAACCGUCUCAGCACGGAGGAGGUCACUACAACCAGCCGCCGAGCUACAACACCCCUCCUCCGCCGAGCUACAGCCAGCAGAGCCAGUACGGGCAGAGUGGAGGAUAUGGAGGCGAUAGCCCGCCGAUAAGUGGAGGAGGAGGCGGAGGAUACGGUGGUCCUGAUGGAGGUUAUGGAGGUCAGGAAGGCCGUGGGGGCAGGGGCCGCGGUGGAGGCGGAUUUGGAGGCCGUGGUGGUGGCGGAUACGAUCGAGGUUUUGACCGAGGCGGCCGAGGUGGUCCAAGAGGAAGAGGAGGCAUGGGAAUGGGCGAUCGUGGAGGAUUCAAUAAGUUUGGUGGACCAAGAGAACCAGGACACGGAGGACCCGGCUUCAUGCAGGACCAGGAUAACUCUGAUAACAACACCAUCUUUGUGCAAGGCCUGGGAGACGACUACACUGUUGAAUCAGUGGCUGACUUUUUUAAGCAGAUUGGGAUCAUUAAGGUAAACAAGAAGACAGGCCUGCCCAUGAUCAACCUGUACACGGAUAGAGAGACGGGGAAGCUGAAGGGGGAGGCCACGGUCUCCUUCGAUGACCCCCCCUCAGCUAAAGCUGCCAUCGAGUGGUUUGAUGGUAAAGACUUCAAUGGAAACCCAAUCAAGGUGUCCUUUGCCACACGCAGAGCUGACUUUGGAGGCCGAGGAGGCAUGAGGGGAGGUAGAGGGCGAGGAGGUCCGAUGGGCCGUGGAGGGUUCGGAGGCGGUCGAGGGGGAGGUUUCCCAGGAGGCAACGGUGGCAAUGGAGGGGGAGGAGGUGGUGCCAGUGGUGGAGGAGGGCAGCAGCGAGCCGGAGAUUGGAAGUGUUCAAACCCUAACUGUGGGAACUUGAACUUCUCCUGGCGUAAUGAGUGUAACCAGUGCAAAGCUCCGAAAGCUGAAGAUGCUGGUGGGAUGCCCCCCAUGGAGCGAGGAGGUUACGGAGGAGGCGGAGACCGCAGAGGGGGGUUUGAUCGGGGCGGCUUCAGGGGCCGCGGCGGCGACCGCGGCAGCGGAGGCUUCAGAGGAGGCCGAGGAGGCGAGCGGGGAGGAUUUGGCCCCGGCAAGAUGGAUGUGAGGGGCGACCGCAGGCAGGAGCGGCGGGGCCGUCCCUAUUAGCCCAUCCCGGCCGCUCGCAUGACGACCUACGUGUGCACAGGUGUCCGUACCGGACGCAGCCCGCCCCUCUCACCUUUUAUAUCACUCCUUAUUCAACACGUGACUCUCCCUGUGUUAGUGUUAGCUGUCGUGAUUCAUCCACACUGUCUGCUCAGCGGGGCGUCGUUUACCAAAACAAGCUUCAACAUUUUAAUUGAUCAGAUUUUAUAUCUGCCCGACUCUCCGGGAUCAUCACCGCUCUGUUCAGCUUCACGCUUUCACUCUGUCAGAGUAGCUUUGCAUGAUUCCCAGCUCUGAGACGUGAAUAAAGAUCAUCAGCUGGCGUCACUAUCUGUCCAGAUUUUCAGAGAAACGUGUGCUCAAAGCGAGCACCGUUACCGGUGUUUUGAUCCCUGCUGAUGAACGCGGCACCUCCUCCUGAUGUUCGGCAGGGUCAGUGAGCGACGGCUCAGACCGUUUGGGAUCAAGAGGCACAGAUGCCACACCUGCCCGCUGAUGCCAGCUCAUUCUGAUCAUGGCCAGUGUGCGAUGUAAACGAAGCCCCGGCUCUACAGCUGUGUUCAAGAACUUUUUACUAUUUAUUAUUGGUGUUUUUGUAUCGUGCUCGUGCUGCUUUUCCAAAUGAAAGUGUUGGUCAAGUAACUCGUUCUUCUGUGGUUCUUUUUCACUGUGAUGCUUUGAGAAAACCGGAUCACUAAACGCUCCAGGCUGAUAGUUUCAGAGGCUUCGAACAGAUGAAGCAAUUCCAGUUCUUAGAAAUGUUGGAUCAGUGUCAAACAUUUCUUUAUCCACCUCAAAGACUCCCGAUACUGUCAGUUUGUUUUUUUCACGCCUGGAUCAACCCGUCGAUGUUGCUCGUCCACUUGGCACAGCUUUGAAUCACUGACUCAGCGCUCUCGUCUGCAAAAUGUUCACGGAAGGAAAACAUGCCGGUCAUCAUCUUCAGAAGAUCUUGUGAACUUUUUAAUUAUUUUCAGUUGAAAUAGUUUCCAGAUUUUUAUUUUUUUUACUUUAAUAGAGGGUCACAUCAUCUCCUCCUGAGAUGCAGCCUGAUCCUUCUGUUCUAAGUUAAACACAUAAUUAUAAAAUCUGAUUUAAUAUAUACACAGAAAUGACACUUAAAGACAUUAAAAACUGAAAAGGACCCAGGAGCAGUUCAGUCAAAGGCCUUAUUAAAUGUAAUAAUAUUAAAGUCAGCUGGGGGACCAAAUCGAUGCAGUAAGUGAAGUAAAGCAAAAAGAUGGAUUUUAACCCACAAGAGUUUAAUACCUGUUCUUAGAAACCUACAGCUGUGUAUGAUGAAGAGAAGCUGCACAGAGGGCUCGUUACACACAGCAGGGUAGUAAUAAAUGCCAGGUUGUAGUGUGGUUGGAGAUCAAACCACAUUAUUCUGUUACAGCCCCAAACUGCAGACAUGUUGGUGAAACAUAAAUGAAGGACCCUUCAUGUCUCAGCGAGGGCUGUUUUACAUAUUCUGUUGAAGACUGCAAGGACAACCAUCAACAUUAACUGGAUGAAGCCCAACGCUCUUCCGAUAGCUCGGGUACAAAAGCUGUCCUCUCUACCAUUAUUGAGGUAGAAAGUCACCUGGAAACUUACCUGUAACGACAGGUUUGCUCUGCCUACAGUUUAUUUAUCAGCAUGUAGUUAGACCAAGUUGAAUGACGUGCACCCUCAGGCGUCUUCUUUUUACACCCUUUUUCUUAAAGCACACUUGCUGUUCCAAAUGUCAAUCAAACAUUUGGACUGUAAAAACUGGACUUGACUGGACUGGAUCUCGAGUUUAUUUCUGCAAAAGGAUUCAAAUCUGAAAGAGGAAUCUCAAAAGCUUGAUUCUGUUCAUGUGGACGUAGCGUUUUCAGUGGGAGAAACUUUCGUCGCUCGUCCAAGUGACUUCAGUCUCAGCUGACUGCAGGUUUCCAACCUUAUAAACAUGUAUAAGACACAUUACUCACAUAUUUACUGAUGCGUACCAUUCUGGUAAGAUAAAUGGGUUAAUAAGCAGACCGUACAUCACUGAGCAAGGUCAACACUGACUCCAUAAAACAAAAAAAUAAACUGGAUAUUGCUGUACCUGAGGAUGUUGGGCAAUCUGCCUGGAGGGUGCAGUCAUCAUCUAGAGCUGCCUGCUCUUCUUUAUAACGCUUACAUAGAAAUCUAGACUAACGAGAGUGUGGAGAAGUUCUGGCAGGUCAUGGGCUCGUAUUCUAAUCUUCUUGGAGAGAAGUUUCAGUAAUCAUGUCCUGAGUCUGGAGUUUCAACAUCUCUAAAAACUUUUGGGAAAAAUUUUAGGACUUAUCCAGAUCACUUUAACUGUACAGAUAAAUAUUUCCCAGAGGAACUACCUGAAGUUCUGAAUGAAGUUCUGUCUGUUUAUAAGCUAAAAGGCUCCAGAAGGAGUUAGGAAGACAAAGGUGGGAGAAAUGGUGCCAUUAUAAGUUGGUGACCUGUCGUGGGUGUGCCCUGCCUCUCGCUCGAUGACAUCGCUUUGUUGGAUAAGCAGAAGAAGAUGGAUGGAAACACAGGUGUGAACAGUUAUUUUAACCCUUUAGCUCCAUUCACCGCUCUUCAUCGAGGACUCGACGAGCGACCCCGCGGUACUCUGGUUGUUCCUGGAAAUGACGUCUCUGCUUGGAGGAUCACACAUGGGCAGAGGAAUCGAAGAAGAGGAGGGAUGACAUCAGGUGAUGAAGACUACCCCACCACCUCGAACAUUUUCAUCAAAGAAAUACCUGGAGCACACCAAUAUGAACAGACUGCUGCUUAGAGAUGUGGAUCGGUAAAGUAAAGGGGACUCACAGAGGCUCAGAUCCCUGUGCUACGCCUCCGCCCGUCAAUUAUUUGAAUUUCAGCUACACCAGUUUUCUUUACAAUAAUGUAACUCGUCUGUAAACUGAUUAUUUGCACAUUUUAUUUUAUUCUUUUUAACUUUUUAUUUAGUAAUUAUUGUGCUAAUAAACAACCAAACAAGCAACAUAUUAACGUUCUCUGACAUAAGACCAUUUAGAAAACACACACACACACACACACACACACACACACACACACACACACACACACCAAGAUUAGGUCAAUAACAUGUCGUGGGGAAGAGUUAUGGCUUCGUGCUACAAUGUUCCAGAGUUCUGGUUCAUAUCCAUCUUCAGCUGAAAGCUUGCUGUCAUUCUGUGUGAACUCUUUUCAGUCUCUGUUUCAUUGUGUUACGGAUGGUGAGCUUGUUUUUUUCACAGUUGUCAUUUUCUUAGCUUUUAGUUCAGACUUUACUUCUUAGGUUAAAUUCGUAAUUUAUUCUGUACCUCGUUUAGACCUUUGUUCAUCUCUUAUCUAUUAUGCAACAUGCAUGUCGUACUGUGUAUGGUUGUGUAUGUGACAAAUACAUUUGAAUUUGAUUUGAUUUUGUAUGUGUGAGUUUCAGUUCAUGUUCUCGGUGACUCAGUCUGAUAUUUCUGUUUCUAAAUUUCAUGCGAGGUUUAAGAUAAAGACGUGCGGAGGGAAACACUUUUGACACAACACGAUGUGCUCAGUGGAAACAUCAGCGUUUCACUCGUUCUGAAACACUUCCUGUUCAUUCGUUGAUUCUGGGAAACCUGAUGCAGUUUGACCAGUUUAUUCCUGACUGGGCUGCAGGCCUAUUGUUCACAGUCCCCAGUGUGCAGGUCCCGCUGUCACUGCAGAUAAAUGAAGCAUGGAAAUUAAUUGGUUUCAUUCACAAAGCAGAUGUUUGGCCUUUUAUAAUCUCUGGGUGAGUCACAGAAGAUGCUUCCUUAAACGAUCCCCCCAAAGGCCAUCCUGGAUCCUCGUGCACAUUUGAACUUUAUAUCAGAAAUCCUGCUUUCCACAGAUUUACAGGAACGUUGUUCUGUUAAAGACGUAUGCCGGGAAGGCUUAUCUGCUUUUCCCGAUUCUAGUGAAAUAAUGAGGUCUCAGAAACUGACUCCCAUUGUUUUGGUUUUAUUUCACAGUCGCCGACGACAAACAGACACAAUAGAGACACAAUAGAGCUCACAUACUCUGUGUGCUGCUCGUAAGUGGCCUUCAAGAACUCAGCCAAUCAGAAGAAAGCCCACUUUCAUAAAGAGACAGGAACUAAAGCGGCUUGUUUCAGACAGUUUCAGUCCUUCAUGAGUCCUCCUUUAACCCCUUAACAUAAUUUUUUCUUCCUUGUUUCUUUGUUCAGGAUGAAUUUGCUGCCAUUGUUGCUUCUUGUCUUCAGAUGAUUUUUCAGUCAUCACCUUUCUCGUUGGUUUCAAUUAAUUUCUUGUAAUAAUUAGCCUGCAAUAAUCCAUAAUAAUACAAUAAUCGUGUGCUGACUCUCAGAUUGCUCAUAUAUGUGAAAAACGACCUGCAAACAUGGAAAAUCUGAUGUUGGUGUAACGGACUUGAAUGUUACCACCGUCUGCUGCUUAUUUUAAUUUACUUUAACCUGACUUUAGUUAAAAUUGAGUAUUUCUACAUUAUUAUAUUAUUGAUAAACAAUCGUCUGCUGUGUAAAAUUGUGAGUAAAUGUGUAAAGUUUGACGUCUGAGUUGAUUUGGACGGAAAUCUGAAUUAUCUGAAGCAUCAGGUCAAACUGCGCCG